AUGGCUCGUAAAUUAAAAGGAAAACACAUUACAUCAAAGGGUCUCAAAGGAUCACUAGCUCGACUCAAAGUACAAGACCAACUUAAUGCCAAGUCAUUAAAGAAUGCCGAAACGGAUAAACAAAACCAGAUCAAGAAACAGAAAUCAAUAACGACAUCAAAAAAGCAGAAACGCAAUAAUGCCAAACAAGCCAUAGUCCCAAAGGGAUUUAUGCCAUUUAAAAUAGACGAUACAGUUUUGCUUAUAGGAGAAGGAGAUUUUUCAUUCGCCAAAUCAUUAAUUGUGCAGAAUUUCAUCUUGCCCGAAAACUUGAUUGCCACAAGUUACGAUUCGGCUGAUGAAGUUCGGGCCAAGUAUCCUGGAGUAGAAGACACGCUAGCGCAAUUGAAAUCGGAGGGCGUACGAAUUAUACACGAUGUGGAUGCAACUGACUUGCCAAAGACUUUGAACUUGACUCUCAAUUCAAAACAACGUCGUAGUUUGAGUAAAGUCAAAUUGUUCCCCGAUGGACGUCGAUUACGAUAUAUUAUGUUUAAUUUCCCUCACACGGGGCUGGGAAUCAAGGACCAAGAUCGGAACAUCAAACGACAUCAAGAAUUUAUGGUGGCAUUUUUCCAAAACUGCAAUCGUGUGUUUGAUUUAGUCAAUGUUGCCAACCUAAAACAUGAUGAUUUUGCCGGGUAUAGAGACAACAACCAAGGUGACGCUGGAAGUGGAGGAGAUGAAGAUGGAAAGACACUUGUGAGUUUAUUUGAAGGAGAACCGUACAAUUCGUGGACUAUAAAAGCAUUGGCUAAAAACGAAGGAUUAAAAGUUGCACAAUCAGGUCGAUUUGAAUGGGCAAUGUUCCCUGAAUAUCAUCAUAAACGUACCAAUAGUGGGGCUAAAGACACUACUAAACCGGCUAAUGAACGAGAUGCAAGAUUAUACAUGUUUGAGAAGUUUACUGCGCGAAGAGAAAAGAAACGUGAAAAUGAUUCUGACUCGGAUUCUGAUUAA